UGUCUAUCCACAGCCACGACCGUAGCAGCAGCCUCCAGCGCAGCUCGUUCCGUACCCACGCGCUCAGCCGCCGUCUUGCUGGGCCGGCCGGACCGCAACGUGCUUCCUCCCCCGCAAGGCCGCCGCCUCCGGCCUAUCACAGGUACAAUGCAAGGCAUCUCUGUGUGCGAUUCGGUUGCCUCGCUCCAUGGAACAAACUGCAGAGUAGCCUGUGUUGCUAGGAGUGAUCUGAGGUUAUUUAACAAAAUAAAGUCAGUAAGUCAUGGAGGAUACGCAUGGCGUUGGUGCACAGAAAAAUUGCACAUGAGGACCAACAGUAGAAAGAUGAAUACCACAGUAAGGACAAAUGCUAGAUGGCUGUUUGGAGGAGAUGGCGGUAACAGUAACAGUAACAAGAAUGCUAAGGCAAGGCUGGAGCGCAGUGAGUCUGCAAAUGAAGACAUCUUGAUCUUCUACUUCCAGCUGGAUCUACAAACCCGGAUACAGUAUGCAUUGAAUAUAGAGCAAUUUGAUGCGGCAAAGCAGUUGAGGGAGAAGCUUGCUGAGAUUGAAACAGAGAUAACCAGGCAGCGUGAAGCUAAAAGAGGUUCAUCAAAGAAUGAAGCUCAGGAUAAAUCUCUAGAUCUUUUACGUGCACGUGCAGACUUGCAGAAAGCUAUUGAAAGCGAAAACUAUGCUUUGGCAGCUGAGCUGCGUGAUGCAGUCACUAAACUUGAGGGUGAUUCUCUGGCACUAUCUGCUAAAGCCCUUGCAUACCAAGGUGUGAAAUAUGAGUUUCGACUUGGGCAGAAAGUACGCCACAAGGUACAUGGAUAUAGAGCUGUGAUAUGUGGCAUGGAUCCCGUGUGCUGUGAAUCCAAGUCAUGGAUGGAGACAGCAAAUGUGGAGAAGUUGUCCAAAGGACCAAAUCAACCUUUUUACCAAGUGCUAGUUGAUGUAUACGCUGAUCCAGAACUCCUUGUGGCAUAUGUUGCGGAAGAAAAUCUGUCAGAAGCUGAAGAAUCAGAGAAAGGAAGAUUUGAACACCCCUACACCGAAUUCCUAUUUUUUGGUGAGGACACAGCUAGGGACUUUAUUCCUGUUAAGCAACUCCGUGAGAAGUACGACCAGCCACGGUAUGAAGCUUCUGGAGAUGAAAAUGACGAUGAUGGCAGUACAAAUAGCUGAACGGUAACAAGAGUUUUGUAGACCAUUCCUGAUGCACCACCACCACCAAGGAGUUAGAACGAUGGAUGACAUAGGUACGAUCUGGUAGCUACAUAGCAGUGGGCAAAUGUUAGUGAUGACCGAGCUAUCACAGAAUCGCAAGAGUGCACAGAAACAUGCAAGGAGAGAAGCUACAUGUAGCAUCCGACCUUGCAGAUGGGGGUGAUAUGCACUGUGCAGUCCAGGAAUGAUUGCAAAGAUUAAACAUGCAAGCUGCAACUUCCUACGCUUGAGUGUGAAUGAUUCUUAUGUCUGGGAAUGUAAAGAAGAUCCUUGUAUUUAUGGUGCAUAUCUGCCUGUGAACCCUCUGAUAUGUACAUAGCUACAUACAUCAUACUUGCAAUUUUGCUGAAGUAUAUAGAAUAAGAAAGGCUUAAGGUACA